AUGUUCUUGUCGAUAUUUUGUCGGAAUCCGGCUGAACUCCACGCGGUCAGGCGUUACCUCGGCGCCGUAUGGAUGGGAGUGGGCACAAAUUCGGUACCAAAGGGCGGGCGGGUUCGGCCACUGCAACAUCAAGAAAUGGCAGAUUCAGAAGUGCGUCAAGAGAGAUGCACAUGGCCCGGAGGAGUGAGUGCCGAAGCGAGGCGAGCCGAUGAGGAGGAAGUGGCAGAUGGCAGAUCAAUAAUGUUCGCAUUCCAUUGCGCCUUUCAGGUCCUUCGCGAGGGCAGGCUGAAGUGCAAUGUCAAGCAGCAGAGUAGCAAGAUUCUGAUACUGAACCUGGAAAGUUAUCGGGAGCAGCCGCCCGCCGCCCGCCGCCCGCCGCCCGCCGCGCCCGAUUCCUCAGCUCUCAAGUCUCCCAAUCUCCACCACAUUCUCCGCUCGCAUUACGGUCAUAGAGAAUCAGCAAUAUCAUACGCCUUCCCCACGGGCCAGCUCUGCAGUCACCACACGUCCCCAGCGCGCGCUAUGCCGGCAUCCAACACGCUCUCGAUCUCGAUAUCAACCAUUGGCUUGGGGCAGUGGCAGCCUGCCCCGCCUCUCAUCAAGAUGACCAAGGAACGGCAAGAACACUGUUCUGCCGAUGGGGGUGCUUCGAAUGAAGGAAAAUCAGCCAUGCGCCGUCAAGAUGGACGAGCGUCAGACAUCCAACAUGAUCAAGAUCGCAGUCACCGCGCCUCCUCAGCGCGCGCUUGCCGGCAUCCAGAACGGCGUAGACAUGCCGGCUGGGGACAAAGACACUGCCUUGCAGAAAUAGAGUGUCUCUGUCAACCGGCGUCGAACGACAUCGUGGUCGAGCGCCGUGUUCUUCCAGCUCCCACGGCCAGCUUCGGCCUUGGUGAUGCAAAGCCAGGUACCUGUGGUCGCCCAGAUUUGAGGGGCAAGAAGCCCGAAGCACGAGUCCACCGGUGGAUGAGGAUGAAAUUUUGCAAACACCACCACUACAACGCCUUCGCGCUUGGCACUCCUGUGAGCCGAAUGAUUCAGGAACCUUCAUGGUGCAUACAGAACUCAGUCAUCCAUUACGAUGCAUCCGCCGUCCUCGUCCAUACCACCGCCAUCCAUGCUCCUGCAAAUCGUAAAUCGCGCACGCUGCCCCAAUCGACUUCGUGCUUCAAGCUUUCACAAAACAGUGGGGUGUCGCGCGCGCCUCGUGGAAUGAAGAAGAACUCGAUUCGGCGUUGUGGCUUCAAAAGGCAGGCUGGAACAAGUCCAUCUGAUCCCAGAAAUAAUCCAACCCAUGCAGAAUGGUCAGGUCAGUACAAUGUUUCCGCCUAUUGUAGAGGAAAGGGAAGCGAGCCGAUCAUGCCGCAUGCGAGGGUAAGAAAUCAUGUCGCUCUCUUUCGUUCCUACGUGCAAUAUACACCCCAUCCACCGGGGACGAUGCACUCCGCACUGAAGCUCGCUUUUCAUUUGAACGAGGCUCUGUCUGCUUCCCUCAACAACUCUGAAUCCAGGCAUCCCAUCUCGAUCAACGCCUCGUACGCGAUUCGAUGGCUGGCCUCCGAAGGCGAAGUAUCUAUGAAGGAGACAUCUUGUUUCUUUCACAUACACAUUCCUAAGGCGAAGCCUUAUACUCUACCUAUCUCCGAAAUCUGCGUCAAGACCCAAUCAUUACCAAUCAUUACCGACGAUUUUGGAAUGCCCGUUCUCGCGUUGACGACCACAGUCAAGAACAUCUGCUCGAUCGAAAUUUCCUCCAAUUUCCUAAGACACCACUACCUCACAUGGCCAUGGCAGAUGAUUGGUCCCAGCACUCCCGAAAUGCCUUCCUGCGAAUCCGCAGCCAGCUUCGGCACAGUUACAAGCGGGGCACGACAUCAACGAAGCGGCUCCUUUGAGGAUCAGCUGAUGGGCAUGGGGAUGAUGGGAAUAGCAACGAGAGGCCGAAUGUCCAGCAGUGAUGGGCUGAAUGGCAGCGAAGGCCGCCUUCUACCACGCCUCGACUCGAAUCCGAGUGUAAGCAGAAGAAGCGGAAGUCGGUCGCUAGGCUUUCUGACAUUCCAGCCUCGCUCCUUCUUGAAUGAUUUCAACAGCGAUACUGACGACCAAUUCCUGAUCAACGACGAAUCCACCACCACCUCAUCCUUCGCCUUCUCCGCCUUCUCCGCCAACCGCCCGCAGCUGAGAUCUGGCGCGAAUCCAUUUCGCGCAUCGCAUUCCGAUCUCCAAAACAAGAGGACCAGCAGCCCGCAGAUAAAUAUGGGACAGGCCGGAGGUGCGAGAAGAGCGCAUGCGGAGAACGAAAAGGCUGAGAAAUCUUCCCAUAGCUUGUCUAUUGGCGAUAUUGAACCUACGGAUGCACUAUCCUCAUUCUUUUUAUCACUGCGGGCUGAUCUCGCAACGGAGCAGGUCGUGUUGAAGCUUUUCAAGAAGGUAGACCUGAGCUCGCUCUACGGCGGGCGGCGCUCUUUGCGACAUCUCAAGGUCAGCUCCAUCCGCUAUCCGGUUCAGCAAAUCUUGGUACGCUUGACGAAUAGGAUCGUGGGUAACAGCGUCGAUGGGCGACAUGCGAGGGAAGAGUACUGCUGCGAGGAAGCAAGACUCCAAGACAAAGCUUUGCAAAUGGUAGACUUGGAGUCGACAGGGAAUCUGAUGCUCUGCUUCUCUCAGCAAGAACGUCGAGGCAUCUGUUCAGCUCCAUCCGAUCAGGUUGAGCAGAUCUUGGUACGCUUGAUGAAGAGAUUCGUGGGUGACAAGGUCGAUGGUACAGGAAGGGUUUUUUACUCGGCCACCAACAAUGCGGUCAACGGGAAGGUGGGCGAGUACUGGGCGACGUGUGUUGACUGUGAAUGGCCAGGAGAUGCUGAGGAAGUAAGACUCCAAAGCAAAUCAUUCGGAAUGAUGGCCGACACAGCCGGAAAUCUGUGCCCAUACUCAGACUUCUGUUGCCAUGUCACUCUCCCUCUCGCGCAAAAUAACCGUGACGGCUUUCAGCUUGCCUUCGAUCAGCAAAUCGCACGCAAAUUGAUAGAAAGCCAUUGGCUUGGGACCAUUCAUGGAGACGCUGUUGGCGGAACUCGGAAGCAUCGUGGCGAACGAGCACCUGGAAGUCUCGUGUAUGUCGGCGCCGGUGGAUUGGACAAGUUCAAUCAUUUCUGUCCUCGUCCUUUCGGGCUUUCCGAUCAUAAGGACAUCGAUGACAUGAUGCAGAAGAUCGGUGGGGCUGGAUGUGCGUUGGUGUACGGUGUGCGCGGGAAAGCUAUAAUUUUCCCACCGGACUGGGUAGAUGACUCCAAGACGUAUGUGCCCGAGGAUGCUCCCGAUCAUCCGUCAACGGUUACUCGACCAGGUAAUACCAGCGCUACUCUUCCAGCUCCUGACACCGAUUCAUAUAAGAGCAAGUUGCUAGAUGUCCCGGUGAGGCGUAGAGAGAUGGUGCGAAGCGAGGUGUUCGUGAUUGAGGAUGACGAGGAGCCAGACGAAGAGGGUAUGUACGACACUGUCGACGCCAGAUCGCAUCCCGCUGGCGCAUCGGCUAGUGAGGCAUCUGCCGGUUACGGAUCUGGCAAUGCUCCAGCGCGCAAGAAGAUUCCCGAGAAGGAUAUGGAGAAGCGCGAUAAGGUGAACGAUGACUGGCGAUUGCUCUGGAAUUGGCGAUACCAUUCCACCAAUCCCGCUACUUCCGCGAACGAUGAUGAGAACGACUAUCCGGCUCCUGAAGAUGAGCAGUCACUGCAACUCUGCCUAUCCUCGCCGAUCCGAAUGAAUAUUUGCCUGGCACGACGAGGUGCAAACGGACUCCCAGACCUUGGACACAAUUCGGGAUACGCUGCAGACGGUGCAAGUGUUCGGACCCAACGGCUGUUAUUGAUUUAUGAGCAAGAGUCGUUGGUGCGACAGGACCUAGUCAUCCACAGUCCACGGUAUAGUUCUUGGAUAGCGCCGAAGUUGAACACCAGAGCUGGCAUGGCAGUGCCAUACAUGAAGGAGGGGUGGACUGUUGCUGCAACCACCUUGUUCCCAGACCCAUACCGGCACGGCAACCUGUUCUCUCCAGCUGGUGUGGGCGAUGAGCCAGGUUUUCAAGGAUCACAAAUCGCUGGAAAUCUUCUGAGAAAUUCAGUGACUGGCAUUGUGAUGAUGGUGCUGACCGGCGCAGGGAGACAGCCGUGGAGAGAUCUGUCGCAGGACAUCGCGCCAAAGGUAUACCAGCGCCAGAUCCAGAUCCAGACUCAGCUGCAGUUUCACGAGCAGCGGAAGGAAAUGAAGAAGAAGAAGAAGAAGAAGGAAGGGCGGCUAGACCGUAAACUGCAGCACAACAUCGUACUGCAAAGAACAAGCAGCGCAACACUGACAAGCGUGCCGCGCUCGCCGUGCGCAUCCAAGCCGCCAAGAAUUCAGAAGCACAGUUACAAGCUGGUGUUGAAUCCGGUCCAGUUGACGAUAAUCCUGGCUCUUCGCGUAGCCGUGGGACAGGACUUGACAGAGACGGAGAUGUCGAGAUGGCAGAUGCAGAUACUUCGGAUUAGCAACGAAAGCGUGUUGCAAAUCAGCACCCAGAUGUAUUGCACACGCCCCGCGCAGCUGCUCCGGGUACUCCAACAUCACAAUGUCGCCGGCCGGCUCGGGGAAGAAGCAGUAGAGGACUUGUGGGAUCAAGUGGACGCUACCAUGACUUCUGCAGAGGCAACUAAUGCCCGGAACCAGGCCCAUCUGACUAUUGCGUCCGAAUGGGUUGAAGCCGUGUCCGUAUUCGUAUGCCUUCGCGUCGCGUUGAAGAAGAACAGUCCAAGUCGCACUCUGAGGGUAGUAAGACAUGCAAUGCCAAGAGGCAUAGCUGACGCAAGAAGAAGGAAUGCGCUUGAUCAAGCUGUCUGGGAUGGCGUGUGGCACGAAGACAAGGCGCUCCAUUUGCAUGCUGGCCGCAUUCUGGCGACAGAUGCUGGCCAGAAGAGAUCAGGAGGUGCUUGUCGUCGCUGUUUGGGUAUAGCUGCAUUUAAUGGUAUCUUGGUCGUGAUCGUGAUCGUGAUGCUGUCUUGUCCUUAUGCCGCACUCGUCUCAAUCUUACAUCGCUGUGUCUGGUGGUAUCGGUGCUUGCCACGUCGCAUUUUUCGGCUUGAAGAGAUUCUUCGCGUUCCCGCUUCAAGGCAUGAUUCGCAUGCGAUAUGGGUAGCGUUGCAACGCAUCUUCCACCGUCGGCAUCGUGUAUUCCUGGGAGUUUCGGAGUCCGACGUUUCUGGGAAAGGGACUUUGGGACGGUAUGGGCAUGCGCACAAUGGCACAUUGUUGUUGACGUUGGAGAGCCAGAGCGAAGAUGAGGGCAAAGAUCUUUGGAAGUGCGGGUGCCAGCCUCAGGAACGAAACAUUGGCUGGCUAAGCGAGUGGUCUGUGCACCGAGACAACUUUCAAUUCGCUUUCACCAGCCGGCUUCACCGUCGCAUCACAACAAUAAUUUCCACACUCCUCCUCCCACACCCUCGAAAUGCACUGAAUCCACCGAUUGGAGUUGAUUCCAGGCACUAUCAACGCAUGGGGCUUGUCAAAGUGUCCAACACGACAACGACAAGCACGCAAAACCGCAUCCAAGUCCUUCAAAUCCUCCGAAUGUCUCCAUCUCUUCGCGACGGCGACGAUGACGACCGCACUCGUCGCAGCGCCUUCACUGUUAGCGGGCUCUAUGAACAUGGACGAAUCGGGUUGAAGUGCCAGGCCCUCGUACGAGGCAGGCAAGCAGGCCUCUUACACCGCACUUCUCUUCGACAACAGCAAUCUGUGUCCCAUCGCCGGGGUCUCGGUAUCAAGUACGGCUUCGAAAGCACACGCAGCCAUGCCACCAACCCGACACCCAAGCAAGCAAGCAAGCAAGCAAGCAAGCAAUCAAGCAAGAGGUGGGAGACGGACCAAGAUGAGACCACAAUCAAGCCAUGUGCCAUCGCAGGAAGCACUUCGCAUUCAGCCUACGGACAUGGAGGUGUUGACGCAGGUGUUGACGAUGACGAUGGAGAUGACGAUGACGAUGAAGAUGAAGAUCCAUUGCCUAUAACAGGAGCCAUAAUGUCGGCAGUGCUACAGCAUGUUGGCCUUCGCUAUGAUCGAAGCGAGGACAGCGAGCUGAGCAUAGCGCACAUCGAAGGACUGGGAGUUGGGCAUGAAGCCCUAUUUCAACUACUGUCAGCACUCCUCACCAGCCUCUCUUGGCCCUCAAAUCAAUUACUCUCCCAUUCCAAGACCGCGGCUCAUCGCAAACUCCUCUCCGCCGCAUCCACCUCCGCCUUACACGUCAACAAUCUCUUCGAGGCUCUCCGUAUCUAUCCCAUAGAUCAGCAACAUCUCCGCCAUCUCUACCAUCCUCGACACUAUCAGCACCAUCAGCACCAUCAGCACAGCAUCAGCAGCAUCAUCUGCAGCACGAGUAAGCUCGCGAGAACGGCGUACGCUGCUCGAGUUCUCCUUGUCGAUUGCGGCCGGCAUCAUCUCAAGGCCCUUCUCCUAGAUUUCAACAGCUUUGCUCGAUUUGCCGGAGAUCGCUUUCUGAAGGACAUCGUGUCGCCACAGUUCCGCUGGACAGCACAAAAGAAGGUCGGGAUGAGCUGGUUCUGGACGCUCUUGCGAUGGGAUGAUGCUUACCACUAUGCGCCGUAUCUGGCCGAGAUCCAUCUUUCCAACAGCUGUGUGGACGGUCAUUAUGUUCUCAAUCUCCCUGACCAUUCGACAUUUUGUGGUGAACGCAGGACCGACCUGGUUCUAGAUCUUCUCAACAAUCUCACGGUAUGUAUCCUGAGCCAGCUUCUUUACGGCAUCCUUGACGAUUUGCAAGCCAGUACCCAUCAUCCUCCUCCAGACCAUGCGCCAGUAGCUCAUCGUCCUUGCUGGUAUCCCAGAAUUCAUCAGAAUGUGAAACCCCACCAGUCCGCAAAGCCUAUCGCCACAGCUUCCACCCUUGCCGUCGUUCACAGCAUCAAUGAGGAUCAUAGGGUCGUCUGUCGUCUGCUUGCCUUCAGAGCUUUCCAAAGAUGGCCGAUGACACGUUCGGCCGCGAUGAACCUGCGCGUGCUGAUCUCAAGGACUUUGAGGGCAAGCCAUGAGACGAAUUGGAUACCAGGAGAUGGUGAGGGCAACGCCAGAAAUGUGGGUAGAAGACUUCUACCUCAGCAUGGCAGGAGGCAGCGAGGCAGCAUAGGCGGAUAUAGUGAAGCCUAUUCUCGGGUGAAAUCUAUUCUCGACGAGAACGUCUGGGCUGCAGCAACUGAUACUAUUGUAGCAAUAAUCAAGCGCGAUUGGUAUUCAGGUGGAAAACGACCCGACGAGCGAGGUCCGCACAUUACGAUACACUCCAUGACUUGUACCAGCGUACAGCUGCGACGAUGCGGUGGCGUGGAGCCAGAACCUGCUGUUCACCACCCAUUGUCGACCAUGGCGAAGAUCCAGAUGACACACUUCAUCACUUCCUUCAUCGAGGGCUUGCAUGACAAAGGACUACUACAACACCUGCUGGACACUGGCGCCAUGUAUCGGAGAGCACACGCGCUUGUUGCUGCUGAAUCGCCGCAUGGAUCGUGCAGGAAGCAGUCUCAGCUUUUAGGCAGUACCAAGGUCUACUUCGCUUGGCAGUAUCAGCCGCAGGCACAGCGCCAUGGGCAGAGGCAACUCACUGCUGGUCCUCAAGCGGCAGCCCCAUCGCAACAGCAAUACCGACCGCAAACACCACCGGGCGGACCAGCCUCGCGGAGAUGGCGCAAUAACCACCCCUCUCCCGAGAUGAGGCCAACGCUUGAUGUUGCAGCGAGUCGCUCCACCUCCACCGCAGCGCCGAACCAGGUUGGAACCUCACUUCACAACCCCGGCUCAAGCGGCGGUAAGGUAAUGACCCUUCAGACCGCGCCGCACGCCAACCUGCCUCCGCAACUGCAACCGACACCGACAAAGAAGCCGACAGGCGAGUGGAGAGUGACCUUCAACUACUACGAUGUCUUUGGGCCGCUACCUGCUUUUCGGCAACUAGCGUUCCUCAUAUUCCACCUCCUCCCUCGUCUGCUUCAAGAUCGGGAUGGACAAGAUCACUAUCAUCGGCAAGACCCACUAAGCAGGAGGCAAGCUCGCGAUGAAGCCAGAGCAUAUGCCGAAGAUUCUCAACUGGCAGAGCCACAAGUUGCUGCUAAGAUGCGUAGGUUCCACGGGAAUGAGUCACUAGUCAUGCGAAGACUCAUGAGCGGUCGACUAGCGUGGCGAUGA